AUGCAGGCUAUGGAUGUAGAUGAUUCAAGUGAUUUGGAUGCGUCAAAUUGUGGCAAGGCUGUUGUAUUAUUUGAAAACGACAAUAACUCGAUUAUUUCCAACAUGGAUCAAAAGGAAGUUGUUGUGGAUCAAAUUUACAAGGAUAAGGAUACACUAAAAAUUGUUAUGGCGAAUUAUGCUAUUUGCAAACAAUUCAAUUUCAGGACUGAGAGGUCAAAUUCCAUAAGCUAUACACUUGUAUGUAUGUCGCCUGAAUGUGAAUGGAAAUUUCGAGCGUCGAGUAUUGAAAAAUCUGAAAUGUUCAGGGUUAGAUGUUUCCAUGACGAGCAUAGAUGCCCAUUGAAGGACAAAGUGUAUUCGCAUAGGCAAGCAACAAGUUGGUUUAUUGGGGCAUCAGCUGUUAAGCCAAAAAUAGCAAACCAUAAGAGGAAAUACAGCCCUCGGGAUAUAGUAGACGACGUCAAAAAUGAAUUUGGCAUAGAUGUUUCUUAUAUGAUGGCCUGGAGGGCUAGAGAAAAGGAAAUGAAUGAUUUGAGGGGGAAACUAGCCGAUUCAUACAAGAAAUUACCGGCAUAUGUGUACAUCUUGGAUAAAACAUAUCCUCGAUCACUCGUGAGAAUGUAUAAAUCACGUGAAAAUGAGUUCUUGUAUUUCUUUGUAGCACUCAAAGCAUUCAUCAAAGGGUUCAAGUGUUGUAGACCAAUAGUGGUAGUGGAUGGUUCCCACUUUAAAACCACAUAUAAUGGGACAUUCGUAUCAACCAGUACUUCAGAUGGUGCAGGUAAUAUUCUACCACUGACAUACGGUGUGAUAGAUUCAGAGAAUGAUAAAUUUUGGACGUGGUUCUUUGAGCAGUUCAAGCAAGCUUAUGGGAUUAGGGAUAACAUAUGUGUUGUAUCCUAUAGACAUGAAAGCAUAAUCAAAGCGGUGUCUAGGGUGUAUCCUAUUGUUCCUCAUUUGGCGUGCAUAUGGCGUUUAUGGGAAAAUGUGACAAAGAGAUACAAGUCGAAUGAUGAAGUAUUGAGUCCUGUGUUUUAUUCACUGGCAAAGGCAUACACACAGGAUGAGUUUCAUAAACUGGUGGAUAAGAUUGAGAAUGUUGAUAUUCGGGUAAAGGAAUACUUGGAAUUAGUUGGAAGGGAGAAAUGGGCUCGGCUGUAUUCACCUGUUAACAGAGGAUGGACGAUGACUUCCAACAUAGCCAAUGUAUUAAUGGAAAACUAG